CUCUCUCCCCACUCACCCCCGCUCUCUCUCCCUCGCGCGCGACGCCCCCGCUCGCCUCUCUCUCGCGCGCGACGCCGGCCACCAGGCGCCUCUCUCUCUCGCGCGCGACGCCGCUCUCUCCCCGUUGAUGCUCCCUCUCUCUCCCUCUCGCCGGCAUCUUGCUCCGCAUCGCCGCUCACCGCUCCCCACCACACAAAGCUGCCAUUUUUAUUUGUCGGUGACGACUGCUGGGCGAGGAGGAGCUGGAUCCACAUGCGCUGGUCCUCGAUCUGCUUGUGGAUAGGCGUGAGGAGUCGCUGAAGCGGAGCCCAAGCGGCACCGGCGCGGGCGUGAAGACGACGGCGGGAGGAUCUGGAGCCCGAGCGGGAGGAUCUGGAGCCACAUCUCAAGUACUCCGGCGACACAACGACGCUUGAUGUGGAGCCCCACCGGCGCCGCUGCCGGUGGUGGGGCACCAGUUCUGCGCGCCCUACGUGGUGCCGCUGACGGUGACCAAGAAGGCGCUCAGCCUCUCCGACGGCGACUUCGCCAUCACCGAUGCCAACGGCGCCGUCGUGCUCAAGGUCAAGGGCGCCAUCUUCAGCAUCCGGAGCUGCCGCACCAUCCACGACGGCGCUGGGAUGCCCCUCCUAACCAUGCAAGAAAAGGUGGGGUGUAGUUGAGGUCUGGGAGAUCCAUGUUCUCCAGGCAACUAAAAAGAACUUUCAAGAUUGUUUUAAAGAAGGGCUAUUGAAAAAAGAUGUGUGAGGGCAUCAGUCACUCUCAUGCCGGCAUGCCGCACUUUCAGCUAGCAGGUGAAAGAGACCCUCUUAUGGGAAUAAUGGAGUACAGAAAUGAUAGUGAGUUCAAAGUAAGGCUGAGAGGGAGUAAUGGGCGAGGAGAUGAACCUAGGAGAGCAAAAUUGAGAACUCCAGCUAAAGCAGCUCCUGCCCAGCGGCGAGGACUUCAGCGGCAGCAGCACCUGUGCAUGGGGAGGAACAACCCCUGGGCGCGCGUAGGCAGCAGCUCGCCUCCACUAGCGGGCGGCAGCAGAGCACCAGCUCGCCUCCACCAGCGGCCGCCAGUAGAUCAGCACCUCGUCUCCACCAGCGGGCGGCAGCAGAGCACCACCUGGGCGCGCGGGGGCCGGGAGGAGCCCCUGGCGUGGGAGAGGAGCGCGGGGGUGGAGGGCAGGUGGCGGAGCCGCGGAGGCGGAGGUGGAGUGCCGGGGCGGAGGUGGAGGGCGGGUGGCAGAGCCGCGGAGGCGGAGGUGGAGUGCCGGGGCGGAGGCGGAGGUGGAAGACGCUGAGGAAGAUGAUGGACAGAUUCAAAGUUUGAACUGGGGGCAUAAAGGUCCAUUUGCCCAUUUUCACCUGGUCGGAACAUAUUCCCCAGCGACAUACAUUUUGGAACAGAGG